GUCUUAACAAGGACCUGAAGGACCUAAUCAACUGCUACGAGGCGACGUUCUUCGCGCCGAACGACGACGCGUUCGCGGCGCUCCCGGACCACGCGAAGAACGCGACUUCGAAUGCCAAGGUUCUGCGCGAGGUGCUGCUGCUGCACGUGGUGCAGAAGAAAAUGCCUGCCGCCGCGUUCAAGGCCCUCCCUCAGGACAAGCAGUUCAAGGCGGCAUCCGACGGGUGCAAGGCUCGCCUGGUGAAGGUCUCAGCUGCCGGCGCCGACCCGGUCCAGCUGCAGGCCCUGUACGGCCCGGAGGAAGCUUCCGUAGUGGCUCCUGACGUCAUCUCGCUGCGAGUGAUGCAGGUGCACGGGGUGGACACGGUAAUUCUGCCCCAGAGCCUGAAGGCGGGCGAUAAGGACUCCCUCAAGCCCACCGUGUGCUUCCCCUGGCGCGCGUAG